AUGGAGCUAACCGAGCCCAAAGAUUCGCCUGAGCUGGAUUCUGCUGCCUUUGCAGUACACUCCAUGCAUCUGGCAAUUUGUUUGUCAGCUUUUGGAUUCAACUCAUUCCUUCUUUACUUGUUGAGAAAAUGUUGUGCGUUUCAUGUCCAUAUGAAGAUUAUAAUGAUACAUCAAACAAUGGCAGUGAUGGCUGCAGAUGUCUAUUUAUUACUAAGAUCCACUCUGGGUCUAUGGCAAUCCUACGACACACCGAAGCCUGAUCCAUCAGUGAUCGUCGAUGACUCACAGUGUGCAUUCUCGGCAACAGUUCCGGAUUCGUUGUGCAUGUUGUUCAUAUGGUUUCCUUUUUUACUGGUUGUUGAGAGACUCUACGCUUCUCAGAAUUAUCAAAGCUACGAAAACAACGGAGCACCGAUUAUCUUCAAGGUCUUAUGUGGUGUGAUGUGGAUUCCAAUGAUUGCUGAAAUUCUGGCAUUCUCAUUCAGCCUGACUCUUCCAACAAAUCUCCAAGCUUGCCAGUACUCGCUUCUCAGUCAAUCCAAUAUUCAAAGAAAUGCAUGGUUUGUUAUCAUUGCAGUCUUCUCCGCGGUCUUUUCUUUGUUAUUCAAGCUUCUGGAAUUGAAGAACAAAAGAAUCGAGAAUCACAGCGUGCACAACGACUACGUCUUCAGUUGUCGCUAUCAACUCAGAGAGAAUAUCAGAACGUGCCGUUUUGCAUUCUCAUUGCUCCUACUCUAUUUUAUCUUCUUUUUCGUCUUCUUCGUUUUCGACAGAAACUACGAGGAUAAGGAUGAAUUACGAAUGAUUGCUGCUGCUCGAAGAGAAUAUCUCUUCCUCAUCUUCCCAAUGUUCUCUUUGAUCUACUCUUUCCACUUCCUCACCGCCAACAAUUCUCUGUUUGAGACUGCUAAAAAGGCUUUGCAUCUCUACUAUCACGAGGAGCAUGGUAUGUUUUAG